AUGCCUCAACAAGUGUAUCCAGAACGCGAGCUAGAGGAAAGCCGAAAAGACAGGAGCGAGCUUAAUUUAAGCAAUAACAGAGACCAGCAGACGAGAAACGAACUUUCCGAACAGCUAUCGCAAACCUUCGGUCCAACUUUGUUCGUAAUGAAGCUAGCAGGAGAUUUCUUUGGCGAAACAAAUUUGACCGAGCCGCGAGACUUGAAUUCGAACUGGGGAAACUCGGCUUACUGCAUUUCGCGUUUCUACAGCUCGUUUGUUGUUUUAGCCGAGUGGUUGCUGGUUGUUUUGGGGCUGAUAACUCUUUUUUACCAAGGUUUGGCGUCCAUGAAUGUUUUCCUAUUCUUGUUAAUCCCAAUUACUUAUUAUAUUCAGUGUGCUUCCAACGCCACUAUUUGUUCCGUGGUACUGCCACUCGUGAAAAGAAAAAAUACCAGAUUUUCCCAGUUUAUCUCUGGCGCCAUGAUGACCACAACUGAUCUCGAUGGAGUGAAACGCAAAACUCUGCAAGGUUUAGUGACUGCAUGUUUUGUUGCUGUGAUGAAUUUUGUUUGUAUCGCCCUCUUUUCACUCUAUAAUGGCGGCAUAAUCUCUAAAUACAAACCGUGGAAUGGUCACUCAGCAGUGAGAGUAAUCGAGCUCGCACCCGCGAUAUACGGUUCCUUUUCCUGGAGUCUACCAGUGCAGCUGUACUGUGCAACGUGCUUGGUUCUGGAAAGAAUGUUUGAAACGUUAAAAAAGAAAAUUGAAUCCAGUCUCGGUACUGAACGCCCUUUGACCAUUGCCUUUGUGCGCCAAGAGCAUAUGCGACUGUGCAAGCUUCUUCAGAUGGCUGACAGGGUGUUUUCACCUAUCUUGUUUGUAACGGUCAUACUGUAUAUACCUCUGAUCUGCGUCAAUUUAUACCAGCUCAUCCAGUCAACCAAAAAUUGGUCCAGCGAAGCGGGAAGGGUUUCGUUUAUUGUUUACCUUUGUUGGAGUAUAUCUCUAGCAUCUAUACUGGGAGUGCUGUGCCUAUUUGGAAGUCGAGUAAACGAGAAGGUAUAUAUGAUAUAUAAUAGUGAGAGUGAGGCGGAUUCAGGAUUUUUCUUAAGCAGGGGUGCACCACUAAGGACCUACCAUUUCUAUGGAGUGUAACAUAAACUCUUCAAUCUCGUCUCAUGUUUCACUUCAACACCAAUAAACUACAAAGCUUUUUUUUUUUUUUUUUUUUUUUUUUUUCAAAAUACACUUUGUUUUUGAAAGCCUGUGGUCAUUUCAGGGGGGGGGGGGGGGGGGGCCCCCCCCGCCCCCCCCCCCCCCCCCCCCCCCCCCCCCCCGCGCGGCGCCCUGGGCAAGAGUUUUUUUCUUGUUUGCGUCUUGUAUUUGUUUUUUAAAAGAAGGAGGAUUUUUUACUAAAUUUUUUUUUUUGUGCGUUCGUAUGUGUAGUUUGUCUUUUGUCGUGGUAGGUGAGUAAUAUUUGUUAAGAGUAUGAAUAUAAAAGUUAAUAUAAAAAAAAUGUAUAUUUUUUUUUUUUUUUUUUUUUUUUUUUUUUUCGAAAAAACCAGUUUUAUUAAAAACCCUUAGUUCAUCCCAGGGGCGGGGGGGGGGUUAACCCCCCCCGCCCCCCCCCCCCCCCCCCCAGAUCCGCCCCUGGAGAGCUGCAUGUAGAAAUGUAUUUGUUUGAGUUGCGAUUGUUAAUUUAGUGUUGAAAGAAGCGAAGUAUUUGCUACAAUAGUACAUUCAAUUGCGUAACAAUCUUACAGCAAAUUAGAGUAACUGUACCAAAACCAAAAGCUUAUCGUGCUUGCAUGCCUUGGUACCUAUUUUAUUCAUUUAAUAUAUAUUUCAUAUUAAUUAAAACUGCUCGAGUCAAUAAGAGAAAGUUAAGAAUUUGCUUUUAAUCAAAAACUAUAUAUUCUUAUUUUAGGCUCACAGUUUUUAUGAAACAUUACAAAUGUGCCAAGUUUCUGCAAAGAUCGUCGAAGACAACUCAGAAGUGAGUACAUAUAUCUUUUUUACAGAAUUUUUUAUGGACGUUUUUAACAUAAGUUUCCAGGGUGCUUAAGUUUGGAAUGAUAUAAGUGAUGACAUCAAGCCAUUCCUCUCUCUCAAACGCUUUAAGAAAAAGCUUAAGUCAAUUCUUAUUGAUAAAUUUUAAUCAUAAUGUCAGUUCCUGAUGAUAAAUGGCUGAUAACAUCUGGACUCGAACUGUAGGUGCUUUAGCAAUUUGCACCUUAUUCUUUAAGCAGUAAUUGGUGCUAAUGAGUACGUUGAGUUCGAGCACUGCGGUUUAAUCGGGCCUUAACUAACACUUUAUCCUGCUUCAUCCAAGAUAUGCAAUUCCAAAAACAUCUUUAAAAAAUGUUUAAUACUUUGCAGUGAAACCACUGGCCUGAGGCUUGUGGACCCACUUGGGCUUUGAACGUGUUGACGUUAUUUCUACUGUGGUCGAUAAGAGUAUAGACCAUGCCGGAAAAUUGCUGUCGAUUUGUUAAUUGGAGUGUGCACAGAGUUUCAAAAGAGAGACUAACGUCAUGCAUAACUGACAUUAACAAAAUAAGCGAUCUUUUCAUAACUUUUUCUUUGUCCACAGUUGAUGCUGUUCCUUGCGCAUGUGCAGGGCGAUGGUAUUGGCUUCUCCGCGGGUGGACUGGCGGUGAUCAAUAAAUCUUUCUUUCUCACGGUAUGACACCAAAUAACUCUUAUCUAUCUGGGAAGUCUGCUACGGGAAUUUAAUGGUUUUAAAACGCGACUCAAGUUUAGUUAGUCUGGUGUAGCAUGCAAAGGGUUAUUCAGGGUGACUUGCAUGGGAAAGUUUCAAAAUACAGUAUCAAAAUUACAGCUGAUACCCCAGGACAAAUUAAGAGCAUUAGCUAAGAUACCAUGUACCCAUCCUUAAUGAGAUCUCAUUUUGUUACCAUCAGCGAUAUGUAAAAUGUAAAGGAAACUCCUCCGUCUAAGAAGUCUAAGAAAACAGCCAGGUGACGAGUAAAGUGACUGAGCUCAAGAUUCUGAUGUUCAUAUAACAAAAAUACAUGUAACCCUAACAUUAAUAUACAACAUUAAAUUUGCUCCAAAAAUAAUUUACAUCCAGUAAACUAAACUCACACGAAAGUUAAAAAAUUGAGGAGGGAAGAAAGACUGAAGAAAGGGGAAAAUAAAGUAAAAGGAAGAAAGAGAGAAAAAUUCUUGAUCUGAUUUGAAUUUUAGCUGCAGUGUCAAUUGCCACGCAUCCAUUUGAACUUAUGUUCCUGCAGUGAGUCAGGUCUAAGCGUAUUUGUGACUGACCGUGUUUCCAUACUAGCCUCACGAACUAAUAACCUUUAACUUUUACUUUGUUUCAGCUUGUUGGAAUAAUCGCGUCCUAUUUUGCCGUGCUUCUUACCUUACCAUCCUGA